AACGGAUUUCGGCUCAGAGUAAGUCAUCUCCUCCGCACAGCCCCAUCUGUGUGUUUAACAGGAUUUUCUCGGUCGACUCUUCUCCUCCAAGGACGUUUCUCUUGGCGAACUUCAACCAAGCCGGUUAAUCGGUAACUUCACAUCCUUCAGCCAGCAGCCCCCCGACAGCAGCUUUAGUGUGCAGCAGGCCGGACGUGCAAUGAGGGACAGCAUAAAAUGGGAGAGGUAAACAACAUCAGGGAGACUGAUGCUCUGGCUGCAUCUGUAAUGGAGCAGGAAGAAGCUGCAGCUCGAGAUGAGGCCGACUCCCAGCCGCUGUACCGGAUAGAGCGUCCGGUCUAUGAUGAAGCCUUCAUCAGCUCGCAGCUCCUCAACCGCAAGGACAACUCCACCACCUUCGGACAGAAGCUGGCACAACAGUUCCGGUGUUCAUCAAAGAGGGCCAAGGCGGCAGCUUUGACCUUUCUGCCGAUUCUAACAUGGCUGCCGUCGUAUCCAGUCAAGCAGUACCUGUUUUCGGACGUGGUGUCUGGUCUCAGCACGGGAGUUGUGCAGCUGCCUCAAGGUCUAGCCUAUGCCAUGCUGGCUGCUGUGCCUCCAGUUUAUGGUCUGUACUCCUCAUUCUACCCCGUCCUGCUCUACACCUUCUUUGGCACGUCCAGACAUAUUUCUGUCGGAACCUUUGCGGUGAUAAGUCUGAUGAUCGGGGCGGUUGCGGUGAGGGAGGCCCCGGACUCCAUGUUCUACGUCCUGCCUGCCAACGGAUCCAACGCCUCCGCCGUCCUGGACGUGGAGGCCCGGGACGCCCGCAGGGUGCAAGUGGCUGUUGUGCUCACCACCCUGGUGGGAAUCAUUCAGCUUGCUUUAGGGCUUCUCAGGUUCGGCUUUGUGGCGAUCUACCUCACAGAGCCCCUGGUGCGAGGCUUCACCACAGCUGCAUCGGUCCACGUGGUCGUCUCUCAGCUGAAGUACCUGUUGGGGGUGAAAACGCAGCGCUUCAGUGGGCCCCUCUCCGCCAUUUAUAGCGUCAUGGCGGUACUGAGUGACAUCACCAGCACCAACGUGCCCACUGUCAUCCUGGGCCUGGUGUGCAUCGUCUUCCUGUAUGCGGUCAAAGACCUCAACGAGCGCUUCAAGAAGAAGCUGCCCAUCCCCAUUCCUGGAGAGAUCAUUGUGGUUAUUGUGUCUACCGGGAUCUCGUAUGGACUGUCCUUAUCAGAAGACUACAAAGUGGAAGUGGUCGGGAAGAUACCCACCGGGCUUCUUCCUCCGUCUGCCCCGGAGUUCUCUUUGCUCCCCAGUUUGGUCACAGACUCCUUCGCCGUAGCAAUUGUAGGAUUCUCAAUGGGCAUCUCGCUUGCCAAGACCUUUGCCCUGAAGCACGGUUACAGCGUGGAUGGUAACCAGGAGCUGAUCGCGCUCGGCCUGUGUAACUUCAUCAGCUCGUUCUUCCAAACCUUUGCCAUCACUUGCUCCAUGUCGAGGAGCCUGGUGCAGGAGAGCACUGGGGGAAAAACCCAGAUUGCGGGACUGCUGGCGUCUCUCAUGGUGCUGCUCGUGGUGGUGGCCAUUGGUUUCGUCUUCCAGCCGCUCCCUCAGACUGCCCUGGCUGCUGUCAUCAUGGUGAACCUGUUGGGCAUGUUCAAACAGUUUCGAGACAUUCCUGUGCUGUGGAGGACCAGCAAGAUCGAGCUGGCCAUCUGGCUGGUGGCCUUUGUGGCGUCGGUGCUGUUGGGCCUCGACUACGGCUUGCUGGUGGCCAUCUCCUUCGCCAUACUAUCAGUCAUCUACAGAACACAGAGCCCAAAGAGUGCCAUUCUGGGCCAUGUUCCCGGGACGGGGUUGUACUGUGAUGUGGAUGAGUAUGAAGAGGCGGCUGAAUACGAGGGGAUUAAGAUAUUCUACUCCAAUGCCUCGGUCUACUUUGUCAACAGUGACCUUUAUGUGAGCGCCCUCAAACAGAAGACAGGAGUGGACCCGGACGCCCUGCAAGCCGCUCGGAAAACGCAGAAGAAAGUAAUGGAGAAGGCAAAGAGUAACAACAACCCUUCCAUGAAGUUGUGUGGCACGAACAAGCAGCAGGAAGUGAGCCAUGAGGUUUUGUCCUACGAGGCCGCGGCAGAGGCGCACACAAAUGGCCAGCUGGGGGAAAGUGGCGGUGCGUCCAGCCCUGAAGAGGCCGUCUUCCUUGAGCCUGCUGUGAGUGCCGUCCACUCCAUCAUCCUGGACUGGACACCUUGCAGCUUCAUAGAUUCCGUGGGAGCCAAAGCCAUCAAACAGGUUAUCAAGGAAUAUGCAGCUGUGGAUGUUCAAGUGGUCCUAGCCGGCUGCAGCAGAAGCCUGCUGGACGAGCUGGACACCUUACAGUUUUUCAGCGGGGUCGUGAGCACGUCGAUGGUGUUCCCCACCAUCCACGAUGCCGUCCUGCGCUGCCUCCGCUCAAAUCCCCGGACUUCCGCCGCCCCGACCGAUGAAGCAGCCCAACGGGAGCCGGUGCCUUCAACUGAGGGCUGCAGCGGGGACCUGACCGGGAAGGCUGAUCUGGGAGCUCCUUCAGCAGAACCAUGAUGCUCCAGCAGCAGUUUAGCAUGAAUGGAACGAUCAUUCAUAUCGACUAUAGGGUUCAUACCGGACAAAAGAUUACACCAGUGAAGUACAAUUGUUUUUUCUUUUUGUGGCACUUUAGAGCACUAACUGCCAAAUUCUCCACACAACGGACUCUAGCGCGUGUUGUGUUUAAGUGAAGAGUGCUUAACAAAUGGUAUAUUUUUCGGAGUCUCAACAGGAUUAAAUGCAGCGACUGUUUGGAUACUUGGUACGGGCUCACCUGUUGAGCCCUAUUGGAAUCAUAGGUGGUGGCUUUCCCCCGAGUUUGGUUACACACUUUGAGGCUUGUCCUUUUGUAAUUGUUUUCAAGUGACCCCUGCUCUGUUGAGAAGGAUGUAUUUAUUGAUUUACAGCUGGUGGUGGACGCUUGAUAGUGCCUUCCUUUACUAUGCUAGCAUCACAUCUGUUACUGAAAAGUUAUCUUGAUGGAUUCACGUAAUUAUAUUUUCCGCUGUUAUGGAUGUGUCAUGUUUGUUGUUACAGAACACUGCUGUUUGAUGUAGCAUUGUAUGUUACCUAUUUAAAAAUAAAUCAAAGUGUGUUUUUGUAAAAUACAGAAUGCCUUACAGUUCCCGUGUAGUUAUACU